GAGAAGAGCAGCAAGGCAGUUGUUCUGUCAAAACGCUUACCGGAGGACUUCAUUGAAAAUACCUUGAUGCCCCAUUUGGAGAGUCAGAUGUUGUACAACAUCCACGUCUACACACCAGCUGAACUGACCCAGAUUGCGAGAGCUUAUAGCAAGCAAGAUGUGAGACAGCUGGCACUUUGCCGAAAGCUAGCUGAUCACAUGAAGGAUCGCAUGAAGGGUUUCGAGGCAAUCGAUGUAGUGGAUGCCCUGGGCCCUAUGUGGACCAUGACUCCCGACGACGACGAACUUUUCGAGGUUUUGGAGCAGAAGAUCUAUGAGAAGAUUGACGACUUCACUGCCUUAAACUUCAUGGGCAUCGUCCGCAUCUACAACAAGAGGGCAUCCAAACAUCAUCAGCUUCUGACCAAGAUCGUCCCAAGGCUGAAGGAUUUGUUGGCCAAGUAUGAGGGCGUGGAGCUGUCCGAAAUGUUGGUCUCCAUGGCGCAGUCCAAAGAAACUGACAUGGACAUCCUCAUGACUCUGGUGCCAGAAGUGGAACGACGAUACAAUGAGGUUUCAUUGCUCCACUCCCUGAACAAUGUUUGGGCUUUGUGCCAACUGAAGAUUAAACAUCCCAGACUCUUGGAGAAGGUGGCUCAGGACUUGUCGAAUCCGCAGAAGUCCAAAGAUCUGACAGCAGGCUACAUGGCUCGAAUCGUUUGGGUCUACCGCAUGUGCGGCUCUUGGGACUUGGUCUCCGACACGUUGCUGCCCAUGAUCCGCGCCUCCAGCGCUGAGUUCCGCACGGGAGACUUCGCGCGACUGGCGCAGGCAUUGCCGGAAGAACGGCAGACCUUGACCAGAGUGGCCCACAAUCUUCGCGGUGGUCUUGGUGACAUGGGCCGCAAGGACUUCCUUAUGUACCUCCUGGGCCUCGUGCAUGGUGAGGUUCUCGAAGACCGACCCGAUGCAGGUCAUGAUUUUGGUGAGAUCACUGGAGCUUGUCUCAACUACAUCAAAGAGGACCAGGAUAACUUCAAAAGGGAUGAAGUGCAGAGGAUCGUGUACCUCCUGCAUCACUCCCCAAAGUACCGCUUCUUAGAAGAUGAGCUGCCUGCCUCUUGGAACGCGACCAAGGAGGAGACGCUCGAUUUCAUUCGCGCCAAAGGAUGCUUGGUGAUGCUUCAGAUUGGUUGUAGGUCAAUGUCGAAGGGCUACGACUCUUGCAAAGCUACAGCCGAGGGGUCUGAAGUUCUCGAUGACAUGCCCUUCGGUCGAUUCCAUAUUGCUCAUCUCACUUUUGCCAUCCUCGCAGUGAGUGUGCUGGCGAUACCCUAUGACUCCUGGAAAACAGCGCCGACGAACGUGUGUUUGUUCAGAGAUGACCCCAUAUAUGUUUCCUGGACUCCAGAUCCAUUUUGGCCCAACUCUCAGCGAAGAAGCGUCACGUGGCGCCGGGAGGAACUCCAUGUUGCAGGUUUUAACGUCACCGAGGCGCCGGGCGAGAGGAACUCUCCACUUUUGCCGCAGCCUUUCAAGCAGGCAGAUGGCAGAUGGCAGGAGAUGGCAGGUUGCGCUUUUGGGACUUUUGUCGCUCCAGUCUUGGCAGACCGCAUCGGUGGCUUGGCCAAACUUGGCCAAACUCUCCGGAGUCGAAAGCCAACGCUGACAUUCUCUCUCACCGCAGCAGCCUUGUUGUCCUAUGCUUCAGCUACAGCACGAUCGCUUCAUAUGCUGCUAGUUCUGCGGACAGUCAGUUCCGCCAUUUGGGCCAUUGCUUGGAAUACGGUGAGUCCUUGGUACAUCGAGUUUCUUCCAACUCGUACACGUGGUGCCAUGCUGACAGCGCUGAGUCUAGGGUGGCCAGUAGGACGUGGUAUCUCCAUUUGCUGUUCGAACUAUUUUCACUCCGAUUGGCAGAAGCUACAAGAGCUCCCAGCCAUUGCCAUGCUGCUGCUGGCCAUCGGGACCAGAUUCAUCCACGAAUCUCCCAGGUUUUUGGCCGCUAGAGGCCGCACAGAUGAGGCACGGCAAGUGCUCCAAGAGGUUCACCGAAGCAACGGCAGCGAAUGGAACUCCAAGUGUCAACUCUGUCUAGAUGAUUCCAGCACUCAAAGCAUGGAUGAGAGGACUUGGCAAGAGCUGUUUUCACCAGACUACGUUGGGCGCAUCGCCUUUUGUUGGACACUGUUCUCGUUGCUGUCGUGCACCACCAUCCUGAUUGAUACGUGGGGUCCACUCAUCUACCAGCACCUGCUCUUUCCGCAUCGAACUGUUUUGCCCCAUGGCCUCUUGAUGCUGUUCAACGUGGGCGACUUUGUUGGCUUGGCCACAUGUCAGCAGGAAACAAGGGAACUCACGGAUUUCUAUGUGGAAAGAUGUGAAAGUGUCCAGAUCAUCUCGGUUUGUGUGAUCGACUUCAUCGGACGCAAAGGAGGCUUUGUAGUAGGCUUCUUUGUGCAGGGCUGCAUUCUUUUGACCCUCUCAGGAGUUCAUGGUCAAGCCCAUAGACUCGGACACUACAGCCUCUAUGUGCAGUCCAUGUUGGGAGUGCAACUGGGCUACGCUGUACAGAUGAGUUGCCUUUCCUACGCCUUUGCGUACUGCAGCAUUAUGUGUCAGCCGACUAUUUGGCCAAUUAUGCAGCGGUGCAGUGGCUGCAGCUGUUUGGUGGUUGUCUCUUCACAGCUGGCGUGUGAACCUCAGGUCAUCGUCACCAUUUUCAACCCACAGGAAACUGCUGGGCAGCCCUUGGCGGAGGGUGGUGCCCGAUCGCGGGUGGCUUCA